AUGUUCACGCGGGAAUUCUGCCACUCUCCCGUGCGCCUUCGGGACCCAUUUCUAAACACCCCUAACGCUUCGGACUUACACCGGUGCCUGAGCGCUGAGUACUCACCAUGUCUUACAAAGAGUCAAGUGUCAACACAGGAUCGCACGUUAAGAGCGUAUUUGGAACAUUUUUUCCAAACCCAAACAUCGACGAACCCGGUGUUCGUGUUGCCCAAAGCAGAGCCGAAAUCUGUCAUGCACCUUUUGGAGUUCAUGUACACGGGAGAAACACGAGUCGAAAUGGAUCAGCUGGCUGAAUUUGGUGAACUAGCAAACCUGCUAGAUGUUCGAAUAUUGAAAGAACUGUGGCCACUGGAAUCGAUCGAGGUUAAGAAAGAGAUUAGCGAUGCUGAAGAUAUGAACAUGACCUCAUCACCGCCGCCAAAGAACCGGGCCAGGGGUGGGCCAAAGAGCAAGCGGAAGCCCGUAGAUUUUUAUCCAGGAGAGGAUUCGAGUGUGGAUUUCGACGUUCUCGAGAACACUGCCGAGGUUUCUACGUUGGCGUCAAGCAGUUCUAAUGCGGACCAUCGACAUGGUCUACUGUACUUUAAAAACAUAUCACUUCUAUCUGCUGCUGUCGCAGUUCCGGUGGACAGAUUGGCUAUGGAUGUUCCCCCUCAAUUUGACGUGAUGGAAAUCAUGAAGACUCAAAAAGGAUAUUACAAAUUAGCCUAUAAAGGUUACGUCUACCGCAAGCACGCCAGUUCUGUUGAUCGGGUAUCAUGGCGUUGUGAGCAUCGGAACUGCAAAGGACGGGCUACAACACCUAUUGACUUCGAAGAAUAUCAAGGACGAGAUGUUGUUACGAUUACUCAGCUACAUUCACACCCUGCUUCAACAGUAAGAGUUGAAGUACUGAGGGCCCGAACAAAAGCUUUAAAUGCUGCGACAGGAAACCAAGCACCUGAGGAAAUUGUUGCCAAUGCAGUUGCAGGACUUUCUGAAGAAGCACUCAGUAAAGAAUCUGUUCCUGACGCCCACGAAAACCUGUACAUGGGUAAUCACUGGCCGAAAAUUUGGCGUCUUUCGCGUAUUUUAUGUGUUCAAGCGUCGUUUGGCCCUUUAAGGCUUUUCGCGAUAAUGCUCAUCGAGCUUGUCAAUGUGGAAUCCAGUAUUUACUCACCGCUUUUUGAUGUCGAUCCCGCAUUCGAAUAACUUCGAAAAUAAGAUUUUUUUUUAUGUUUUAGCUUUUGCAUUCGCGCUUUCUGUUGAAAUGUCUU